AAGUACAUAAUAGAGUUAUUAUUUAACACCUUGCCAUUUGCCAGCAGUUCACGUCCAUCACUGUUUUGAUAUUAUCGUGUUAUGAUGAUUUACAAAGUUGUCUCUCUUUUGUGUUUACUUUUGUUUAUCUCUAAUACGGCAGCCUUCGUUAAGAGAGAUGUAUCGACUCCACAACCAAAUGUUUUACAAUCGAUGCAGAAAAACGUGGAGGAGUUUAAGAAAUGUGUAGACCUGGCUCUGGCUAAUUCGGUGAAUCAAAUUAGUACGGAGCAAUUACAGCCGAUAUUAAAUGUGAUUGGUGAUCAAGUAAAUCGAUUUUCUAAAGCGUUUCAAGACCUCACCGCUACAAAUACUCCGACAACAACAAACACAAAUUAAUUAAUAAAGUACAAACUAUUAAAUGUAUUUUAGGUAAACAAUAAUAUUGACGCUUAUUAUAAUCAUUGUAUAGAGGAAAAUUAACCAAUUUUCUGAACUUGGAGACUUGUUUUGUACUUAAUAAACAGUUAAAAUUACAAUUUUAUUUUAAAUAUAAUUAAUUUCAAUUUAUAUGAAACCACUCGCUAUAUUUAAUUUUAAACCAACAUACAGCAGUCUGAAUUUCGGCAAUAUGAAAAAUCGUACAGCAAAAAAAUGUUUGAAAAAUAAUAAUAACACGUUCAGAUUAGAUAUUACAUAAUAUAUUACCCGUAAAUAAAUUAUAUUAAAUAUUA